AUGAGGCACCUUAUUGUCUUUCUGCUCUUGUGUCCCAUUAUCAGAGCUGCUGUAAUCAACUUAAACCAGCUCAACUUAACACAAAUACUACAAGAGCACGACUUAGGAGAAGUCGACUUAAAUGAGCUCGACUUACCACAAAUCUUGAAGCAGAUCAACUCACCGUCAGGCGGUGCUGGCGAGGCAAAAGAAGGUUCUGCUAUCGACAGGAUAAACAUAGUCGGUGGAACCAGAGGCAUGAAAUACGUCUGUGAUGUUUGGUGCCCAAAGGUGAAGAAACUAGUGAAGAGUGGUGAGCAGGAUGUGGAUUACUGGGUUACCCUCAAAGGAACGAAGAAAACGUACAAUAGAGACAACUUUGAAGAUGUUUGCAGCACUUGUUGAAAGCAUGAAUUUCAAGCUUCUGUUCGAUGAUUGUUAAACUCCAUCUGAUAAGUGCUUUGAGUUUAAUCUGGUUGUUUAAAAUCAAGGGACAAGCUGAUCAACAUUUUUACGGGGAAUGCUGAACAGCUUGUGCAAUAGUUUGUUGACUUCUUUUUUGUAUGCGUUUCCUUUUUAUAAUUGUAUUUUAUUUCAAAUUCAU